GUCGGGGUCGCGCGUCGGGCGCGCCGUGGCCCCGUCGGGGCGGCGGGAGCUGCGGAGCCGCCAUGGCGGACCUGGAGGCCGUGCUGGCCGACGUCAGCUACCUGAUGGCCAUGGAGAAGAGCAAGGCGGCGCCGGCGGCGCGCGCCAGCAAGAAGGUCGUCCUGCCGGAGCCCAGUAUCCGGAGCGUGAUGCAGAAGUAUCUUGCAGAAAGAAACGAAAUAACCUUUGACAAGAUUUUCAAUCAGAAAAUCGGCUUCCUGCUAUUUAAAGACUUCUGUUUGAACGAGAUCGACGAAGCCGUGCCUCAGGUGAAGUUUUAUGAAGAGAUAAAAGAAUACGAGAAACUGGACAACGAAGAGGAGCGCCUGCGCCGGAGCCGGCAGAUGUACGACGCCUACAUCAUGAGGGAGCUCCUGUCCUGCACACACACAUUCUCCAAGCAAGCUGUGGAACACGUCCAGAGCCAUCUCUCCAAGAAACAGGUGACAGCUACCCUUUUUCAGCCAUACAUCGAAGAAAUCUGUGAGAGCCUCCGAGGGGAUAUUUUCCAAAAGUUUAUGGAAAGUGAUAAAUUCACCAGGUUCUGUCAGUGGAAGAAUGUGGAAUUAAAUAUUCAUCUGACCAUGAACGACUUCAGCGUGCACAGGAUUAUCGGCCGAGGAGGGUUUGGGGAAGUUUACGGCUGCAGGAAAGCAGACACCGGGAAAAUGUACGCCAUGAAAUGCUUAGACAAGAAGAGGGUGAAGAUGAAACAGGGAGAGACGCUGGCCUUGAACGAAAGGAUCAUGCUGUCCCUCGUCAGCACUGGGGACUGUCCCUUCAUUGUCUGCAUGACCUACGCCUUCCACACGCCGGACAAACUGUGCUUCAUCCUGGACCUGAUGAACGGGGGCGACAUGCACUACCACCUCUCCCAGCACGGGGUGUUUUCUGAGAAGGAGAUGCGCUUUUACGCCAGCGAGAUCAUCCUGGGUCUCGAGCACAUGCAUAACCGCUUCGUCGUCUACAGAGACCUGAAGCCUGCAAACAUCCUUCUGGAUGAAUACGGGCAUGUGAGGAUAUCCGAUCUUGGCCUCGCCUGUGAUUUCUCCAAAAAGAAGCCUCACGCCAGCGUGGGCACCCAUGGGUACAUGGCUCCCGAGGUGUUACAGAAGGGCAUAUCUUACGACAGCAGCGCUGACUGGUUCUCCCUGGGCUGUAUGCUCUUCAAGCUCCUGCGGGGCCACAGCCCUUUCCGACAGCACAAAACCAAAGACAAGCAUGAGAUAGACCGCAUGACCCUAACCGUGAAUGUACAGCUUCCGGACGCCUUCUCCCCGGAGCUGAGGUCCCUCUUGGAGGGUUUGCUCCAGCGGGACGUGAGCCGGCGGCUGGGCUGCGGCGGAGGCGGGGCACAAGAGGUGAAGGAGCACAUCUUCUUCAAGGGCAUCGACUGGCAGCACGUGUACUUACGGAAGUACCCGCCACCGCUAAUCCCUCCUCGGGGAGAGGUCAACGCUGCCGACGCCUUUGAUAUCGGCUCAUUUGAUGAAGAGGACACCAAAGGCAUUAAGCUGCUGGACUGCGACCAGGACCUCUAUAAGAACUUCCCACUGGUGAUCUCUGAACGCUGGCAGCAGGAAGUGGUGGAGACCAUCUACGACGCCGUCAAUGCUGAUACGGAUAAAAUCGAGGCCAGGAAGAGGGCUAAAAAUAAGCAGCUUGGUCAGGAGGAAGAUUAUGCCCUGGGGAAGGACUGCAUCUUGCAUGGGUUCAUGCUGAAGCUGGGGAACCCCUUUCUCACACAAUGGCAGAGGCGCUACUUUUACCUGUUCCCCAACAGACUAGAGUGGAGAGGAGAAGGCGAGUCUCGGCAAAAUUUACUGACCAUGGAUCAGAUCCUGUCUGUGGAGGAGACCCAGAUUAAAGACAGAAAAUGCAUUUUAUUCAGAAUAAAAGGAGGGAAGCAGUUUGUCCUGCAGUGCGAGAGUGACCCCGAGUUUGCACAGUGGCUGAAGGAGCUGACCUGCACCUUCACGGAGGCCCAGAGGCUGCUACGCCGUGCCCCCAAGUUCCUCAACAAACCUCGCACCACCAUCCUGGAGUUCUCCAAGCCACCGCUGUGCCACAGAAAUAGCAGCGGCCUCUGAACCACGGAGCAGCAGGGCCUGCAGCAGGGGCCUCGGCUCUUCAGCCCAGGAGUGGAAAUGGAGCCACGGGGAGCCGUGUGGGGCUAAGACACAGCGGUUCUGAGCACAGGGCUGCUCCAGCCUGGGGAUGCCCACGACACUGAGGUGGCCCUGCAGGAGUUGGGACAUCCUCUGGGCUGGCCUAUCCGCAUUCGAAAUUACUGAAGAGGCAGAAGGCAUUUUUCCGUGCACCCACUUACCUUGGUAUCCAUGGCCUCAGAACGUGAAAUGACCCUUACCGCUCCAGCUGGCAUCGAGCGUACCCAGGGUGGGACCACAGUGUCUGGGGCUGCGGGUAGCCUGUCCUAGGCACUGAUGUAUCCGAGUGCCUGUCCGAAGUUUGGGGCUUGUGGCUCCAAAUCCUGGAGGAGGAGGCACAGUAGCCUCGGGUCUCUGUAGGUCAGGGAUAGCCUCCUGGCUGUCCCUAGGUGAUGAGGUAACACUGAACACCACGUGCACUGCCUUCCUCCGACGGCUCUGCUCUAGGGAUGCCAGUCCAAGAGCAGAGGUAGGAAUGUCCCCUUGGGGAAUUGCCAUGGCAUCCAUCAUGGCUACUUCUGGUCAGCACGACCAGAGGAGAUGCCCCAGGACUUC